CAGCAGGGGAAAUGCUGCAGAACUGAGCAUCAGAGGAUUCACACAGGACAUAUACACAGGAUCUCCGUGGAGAAUAGUGUUAGUCUAAUGAUAAUCCACUUUGAGAAAAUACCUCAUAAGUAUCAUGAAUUUGAGAGAACGUUUUCUGUAAAUCUGUGCCCUUCAUUUUAUGACAAGUAACAUGAGCUCCAACUAGAUUCUACAUAUUAUGUGAUACUUUUGAGACUUAAUAUGCAGAAGAAAUCUUCAAAGUGUAGUGAAUGUGGAAAAUUCUUUACUCAAAAAUCUUCUCUUAUGCAGCAUCAGAGGAUUCACACAGGAGAAAAACCCUAUGUAUGUAGUGAAUGUGGAACUUGUUUCCGUAAACAGUCAAAUCUUACUCAACAUCUGAGGAUUCAUACAGGAGAGAAACCUUACAAAUGCAGUGAAUGUGAGAAAGCCUUUCAAACAAAAGCAGUCCUUGUCCAGCAUUUGAGAAUCCAUACUGGAGAGAAACCUUACAAGUGCACGGAAUGUGGCAAAGCAUUUUGUCAGAAUCCAUCCCUUAUUAAACACUUGCGAAUUCAUACUGGAGAGAAACCAUAUAAAUGCAAUGAAUGUGGGAAAGCUUUCAGUCAGAGAAUAUGUCUUACUCGACACCAGAGAAGUCAUUCUGGAGAAAAACCUUAUAAGUGUUAUGAAUGUGGGAAAGCCUUUAAUCAGAGUGCAUGUCUCAUGCAGCACCAGAGAGUCCAUUCAGGAGAGAAACCAUACAAAUGUACUGAAUGUGGGAAAGCCUUUGCUCAGAAUUCUUUCCUUGUUGAACAUGAAAGAAUUCACACUGGUGAGAAGCUCUAUAAAUGUAGUGAGUGUGAGAGAACAUUCCGCAAGCAAGCACAUCUUAGUGAACAUUUCAGGAUUCAUACUGGAGAAAAGCCUUAUGAAUGUGUUGAAUGUGGGAAGUCCUUUAGGCACCGUUCAGCGCUUGUACGACAUCAGAGGCUUCAUGGCGGAAAAUAAAACUUGGGAUAUAGCUAGUGUGGAAAGACAAGAGAAGUUUCCCUUCUAAAUUCUUAGGAAUUUAGCACUCAGUAUUCAGCUGACAUGUUUGUUGAAUAAGAGGCAGUGUUGUGCUGGGAAAGUGGAGAUCUUGGAACUAGAAAAUACAUUUGAUGUGUAACCUUACUCUCUCCUAACUUCAGUGGCCCCACCCAAGAAUAAUGGGGUUGUCUUGAGAAUAAAUUCUAUGUACUAAAUACUGCUAUUGGUUUUGAGUGGCAGAUGUCCCACAGGUUUAUAAAUUUUAUUAUUAAAAACAAGCAGUGUUCUUAGGGGAAAAUGCUCUUGAAACUGGACCAUAAUUUUUAUGUUUAAUCCACAGGCUAUUUAAAUUAAAUGUCUACAUAUAAAAUCACACUUUAUCCUUGAGAAAAUUGGAUCUGCUUUCACUUUAAACUAUUUUUCAUGAAAAGAUAAACUUCACUGACUGCAUGAAAAAUUCUUUUGCACAACUUAUUUUUUUAAACAUCUUA